AUGCGCCUCAGUGGACCAAUGCUCUGUGUAUUUCAAGCGAGGUGUAAUACCUGUCUUUGUCAGUUGCUGGGCUAUUAUCAAAACAGAAAACUUGUUGGAACAAACAUCUUAGUUUUGACAAGCGUGCUUACCGUUCUGCUCUUUGCUUCCAAUGUGGAUGCAGCCUUCAGAUGCUACACAUGUUAUGGAACUGCCAAAUGUGCGGACGAAUUCUCUAAAAGUUCCGAUUUGGAGUCUGGCGCAACUUGCCGGGCAUGCACGAAAGUAAAAAAGGAUGGCGUUGUGAUCAGGGAAUGCUCUUCAUUUUCGUAUGAUGAGUACAAGUGCGAGAAGAAAGACGGGGCUGAAGGCUGUGUCUGUGACACCGAGCUCUGCAACAGCUCCAACAACCUGGCUGUUUCCAUGGCAACAAUACUGGGCGCCACGCUUGCGGUCCUCUUCGCCAAGUUUACACAGCUUCUUAUGAUUGUUUGAACGGCGGCAAAAUAUAUGUACAUGACUGUUUAAUCAAAUCGUAGUGAGUGAGUUUAAGUGUUUUAUUAUAUAUUAUAUGCAUAUGCAAUUGUAUGAAAUUCUGACCGUCUUGUUCUUUUAGUACUUGAAACAACAAUUUUUUUGUAAUAUUAAGGGAAUUAUUUCUUACUUAUAAUUAUAGUUUAUUAUAUUCUAUUUAUAAUAUGUUUUUUGUUGAUACGAAAUGACUUGUAUGUAUAGUCGUUUUAUUACACAUGGAUUAUAAAUGUUCUUUUAUAAACAAA